AACUGGUAUAAAUAAAAGCUCCCUUCGAGAAGCGCGCAUUCAGGAGCUCAAGUGCUGAAGUGAAGUCGAAAAAAGUGUGCAGAAGUUAAGAAUGGCGAGUGCAAACAGCUACAAGAACCUCCGGGACCUGGCCGGCGCGGGCGACGGGCAGGCCCUGCGGUCCGCUCUCGCCUCCCUGCCUCCGCGCGCCAAGAAGGACUUCCUCGGCAAGCCUGUCUGUCCAUCAGGCAGGCUUUUGCUUCACCAGGCUGCCGAGGAAGGCCGAGAGGAGGUGGUGGAGAUCCUGGUCGAAGCCGGAGCCGAUGUCAGUGCCAAGGACAACCGGGGUAAGUUGUCACUGCGGGUUUUGUAUUUUUCCUUCACGUUGAUUUUGACCAUAAUGGUACUGACGAUUGAUGAUAGCAUAUCUGAAGAUGAUUGUUGGUAGCAGUAAUGGAUAUGA